AUGAAGUUAACCGGAAAUGACCAUUUUAUCCCUCAGUUUUCUUCUACUGAACUGUCUGUUGAACAAGAGUUCAUUAUAAACAAGACUCUACUCACUCAUGAAGCGGAUGGCUGUCGUCAUGUGGAUUGCAAGAUUUUGUUUCAAGCCAUGGAAAGUGUCAUGUUCUACGCGUCUAAGCACACAAAUUGGAAAAGCGCUGUUGAUGCUCGUAUUCUCGGUAGCAUAGAAAGCUUCGACUCGAAAGAAACAUUGAGGCACACGAUUUUGAAGAUGUCACAUGCGAUACUAUGCGAGUGUCACAACACCAUGGAUAUCCACACGAGAACUCUAGUUUUACUCGAGAUGUUAGGGAACUACAGAUGGGAUGCAAAAGUGAUUCUAAUACUCACCGCGUUUUCAAUAAGUUACGGUGAGUUUCGGCUGAUUCUCGAGGUUUAUUCACACAAUUUAUUAGCAGCAUCACUUGCAGCACUCAAGAACUUGUGUGGGAGAAAUCUUGAAGGUUUGAGACCUCAGUUUAAGGCUAUGGAAAUGGUGGUCAAAGAAAUGAUGGAAUUGGCCAAAUGUGUGGUUAGAUUUGAAGGUCUUCCUCUUGAAGAGAUUGUGCUUUAUGAUGAUCAUGAUCGUACGUUAAUGGCUGCUGCAAAAUCUCAGAUUUAUUUGGCUACUUAUUGGAUCUUUAGAAGCUCCUUGAUAUCUGCUUCUCAGAUUACCGACUUGAUUGCCACGAAGCAGGAAAAUUCGAGUAUAACCGCGAAUGCAGCAUGGGGUUUGUCUAGUUUAGCUCUUAGGUUGAGCAGAUUAUGCAGUUGCUUAAGAAUGCUGGUUGAUGCAGCUCAAGAUCAGAUUGAGCAGAAGGUGUACAAAAAGCUGAUGAAUCUUGUUAAAGAUCAGACACAAGUUGAUAACCAGCAAGUACUUCACUUAUUCUUUUCUUUGAAUGAUGAUUUGCCUCUCAAAGAUUCUUCUUCUCAAGCAAAGGUAGGCAUAUCUAGACUGAAACACAAGGUAGUCAUGCUUCUGGUUUCAAAGCCAGAUCUUUUGCCAAUAGAUCAAACUCUAUUACUACUACAACAAACAAAAGAGCAUCCUCACAACAAAAGCAUAGAACAAGACUACGAAAUCGUGUGGGUGCCGUCUUCAGAGACGUGGACUCUUGAUGAACACAUGGGUUUCGAUUAUCUAUCGAACUCGUUACCGUGGUUGUCAGUCAGGCAGCCAUGGCUCCUAAACUCAGCAGUAGUGAGAAUGAUCAGAGAAGAAUGGAAGUUUGAAGAAGAUCCAUUGAUGGUAGUAUUAGAUUCAGUAGGAGUGGCUUCAAAUUAUAAUGCAAUUGAUAUGGUGCUGAUUUGGGGACCAAAAGCUUUUCCUUUUUCGAAUUCGAGAGAGAAAGAGCUUUGGGAGCUCGAAGAACCCUGGAAUCUGCAGCUUAUGUUCGAUGGAAUCGAUCACUUCCUAACGAAAACAAUGGUGAAAGCGGACGAAAACAUUUGCAUCUGUGGAACUAGUAACCUAGACUGGAUCAACGAGUUCGAAUCAAGAAUCGAAAAACUACGAAAUGUAGGCUUGCAGCUUCGAGUGAUAUACGUUGGCAGCAGAAAUGCAAAUGAAACCACGCGAACGACGUUAGCUGUUGUGAAUAAAGACAACUCGUUAACUCCCACAAAGAUUCGGCUUUUCUGGCUAAGGUUGGAGAGGAUUAGAGAUUCGAUUCUUCGGGUAGGACGAACUCAAACAUUUCCUAACUACGAAACCCUUUUGAAACAAGUUUCAGAAUUGCUAGAAACUGACGACCGUAACAAUAAUUGGGCAAUCUUUGGAUGUGGGAGUUCUAAAGAUUUUGUGAAGUUGGAAGGGAACAAGAUCAUGGAGUUCUUUGAUCGGUUUCCUAUUUGGGCCGAAAGGGUUGCAGGAUUGGGGUUUGUGGGUGCAAUCAGAAGUGUUGAUGAUGCCGUUAACUUGACCGCGGCUUGUGAUCACACAGCCGUGGUCCCGUAUGAUGAAGGGAUGGUUCGGGGAACCAUGGUUUGCGAUAAAUGUAAGCGUACGAUGAAGCCGUAUGUUGGUUAUCAAUGUGAUGGAUCUAAGUUGAAUGUUUCUAGUUAG